AUGGAAGUUGAAGGUGGUAAGAGGGUUUGUGAGAGUGCAGAGGUGGAUGACGAUGGCAGAAUCAAAAGAACUGGGAAUGUGUUCACCACUACCAUGCACAUAAUAACGGUGGUGGUAGGAGCAGGAGUGCUGGCUCUGGCAUGGGCCAUGGCCCAAUUAGGAUGGAUACCCGGCAUAAUCACCAUGAUCAUUUUUGCAUGCAUUUCCAUUUACACUUACAAUCUUAUAGCUGAUUGUUACAGAUAUCCUGACCCAGUUAAUGGCAAGAGGAACUACACUUACAUGCAGGCCGUGCAUGCAUAUCUUGGUGGAAAAAUGCAUGUGUUCUGUGGAUUGAUUCAGUAUGGGAAGCUUGCUGGGAUUACUGUGGGUUACACUAUAACUUCGUCUACUAGUUUGGUCGCUAUAAAGAAGGCCAUCUGCUUUCACAAAAGAGGUCACCAAGCUUAUUGCAAGUUUUCUAAUAAUCCCUAUAUGAUUGGUUUUGGGGUGUUGCAAAUUUUACUGUCACAAAUCCCAAAUUUUCACAAGUUAACAUAUCUUUCAACCAUUGCUGCUAUUACCUCUUUUGGUUAUGCAUUCAUUGGAAGUGGCCUUUCUCUGGCAGUCGUGGUCCCAGGUAAAGGAGAACCAACCCGUAUAUUUGGAAACAAAGUAGGGCCAGGACUAUCAGAAGCUGACAAAAUUUGGAGGGUUUUCAGUGCUUUGGGAAACAUUGCACUUGCUUGUUCUUAUGCGACUGUUGUUUAUGAUAUAAUGGACACGUUGAAGUCAUAUCCACCCGAAUGCAAACAGAUGAAAAAGGCCAACGUGUUUGGAAUCACAACAAUGACAUUACUUUUCCUGCUAUGUGGUGGCCUUGGCUAUGCUGCUUUCGGGGAUCACACACCUGGAAACAUCCUCACAGGCUUUGGAUUUUACGAGCCAUUCUGGUUGGUUGCCCUUGGCAAUGUGUGCAUUGUAACCCACAUGGUGGGAGCAUAUCAGGUGCUUGCUCAACCACUAUUUCGCAUAAUUGAGAUGGGUGCUAACAUGAUGUGGCCACGUUCAGAUUUCAUAAACAAGGAAUACCCAACAAAAAUAGGACCCUUGACAUUCAGUUUCAACUUGUUUAGGCUAAUUUGGAGGACAAUAUACGUGGCAGUGGCCACAACCAUUGCCAUGGCCAUGCCGUUUUUCAAUGAGUUUCUAGCCCUUCUUGGAGCAAUUGGGUUUUGGCCUCUCAUCGUCUUUUUCCCCGUACAAAUGCACAUUGCACAGAAACAGAUCAAAAGAUUAUCAUUGAAAUGGUGUGUGCUCCAGCUAUUGAGCUUUCUGUGCUUCCUUGUUUCAGUAGUAGCCGCCAUUGGUUCAAUCCGUGGAAUUAGCAAGAAUAUAAAAAAAUACAAACUUUUCAUGUAUAAACAAUAG